AUGUGAAGACAGAGUGAGAAGACAGCCACUUACAAGCCAACGGGAGAGGCCUCAGAAGAAAUCAGCCUGGUGACGGCUUGAUCUCGUACUUCUAGCCUCCAGACCUCCUCACGCCGGCCUCAUCUUCGCCCAACCGACCCCACCUGGAGUCCUAUGGCCAACUGCGAGUUCAGCCCGGUGUCCGGGGACAAACCCUGCUGCCGGCUCUCUAGGAGAGCCCAAGUCUGUCUUGGCGUCUGUCUCCUGGUCCUCCUGAUCCUCGUCGUGGUGGUCGCGGUGGUCCUCCCGAGGUGGCGCCAGCAGUGGAGCGGGUCGGGCACAACCAGCCGCUUUCCUGAGACCGUCCUGGCACGAUGCGUCAAGUACACUGAAGUCCAUCCUGAGAUGAGACAUGUAGACUGCCAAAGUGUAUGGGAUGCAUUCAAGGGUGCAUUUAUUUCAAAAUAUCCUUGCAACAUUACAGAAGAAGACUAUCAGCCACUAGUGAAGUUGGGAACUCAGACCGUACCUUGCAACAAGACUCUUCUUUGGAGCAGAAUAAAAGAUCUGGCCCAUCAGUUCACACAGGUCCAGCGGGACAUGUUCACCCUGGAGGACAUGCUGCUAGGCUACCUUGCUGAUGACCUCACAUGGUGUGGAGAAUUCAACACUUUCGAAAUAAACUAUCAAUCUUGCCCAGACUGGAGAAAGGACUGCAGCAACAACCCUGUUUCGGUAUUCUGGAAAACGGUUUCCCGCAGGUUUGCAGAAACUGCCUGUGGUGUGGUCCAUGUGAUGCUCAAUGGAUCCCGCAGUAAAAUCUUUGACAAAAACAGCACUUUUGGGAGUGUGGAAGUCCAUAAUUUGCAACCAGAGAAGGUUCAGGCACUAGAGGCCUGGGUGAUACAUGGUGGAAGAGAAGAUUCCAGAGACUUAUGCCAGGAUCCCACCAUAAAAGAGCUGGAAUCGAUUAUAAGCAAAAGGAAUAUUAGAUUUUUCUGCAAGAAUAUCUACAGACCUGACAAGUUUCUUCAGUGUGUGAAAAAUCCUGAGGAUUCUUCUUGCCUAUCUGGGAUCUGAGCCAGUUGCCAUGGUGGUUUUAGCUCCUUGACUCCUUGUGGUUUAUGUCAACAAUACAUGACUUGGCCUACUUGCUGGUGCAGAGCUGAAGAUUUUGGAGGGUCCUCCACAAUAAGGUCAAUGCCAGAGAUGGAAGCCUUUUUCCCCAAAGUCUUAAAAUAACUUGUAUCAUCAGCAUAGCUUUUAUUGUGAUCUAUCAAUCGUCAAGACAAAUUAUUGUAUAAGAUUAGAAUGAAAAUUGUGUAUUAAGUUACUUCAUUUGAUUCUCAUGUGAUCCUUUUAUGUUGUUUAUAUGUUGGUAACAUCCUUUCUACUGAAAAAUGACCACACCAAACCUCUCUUACUAGAACAGUCAAGUGAAGAAUAACGAAUGCUCAAGUUUUUCAGAAAGCAUUACAUUUCCAAAUGAAUGACCUUGUUGCAUGAUGUAUUUUUGUACCCUUCCUACAGAUAGUCCAACCAUAGACUUCAUGGCCAUGGGUGAUGUUGGUGAAAAUUACUCUGUAGGAUAUAAGCUACCCAUAUACUUGGUGCUUUACCUCUAACCCUUCCAACAGUGCUGUGAGGUUGGUAUUAUUGAAUUUUUUAGAUGAGAAAAUAGGAACUCAGAGAGGUUAUAUAUUUAAGUUGGUGCAAAAGUAAUUGCAAGUUUUGCCAUUGGAAGGAAUGGCAAAACCACAAUUACUUUUGCACCAACCUAAUAAUUUGCUGUAAGUCCUACAUUUAGUAUCAGGCUAGAGACUGAAUCUGAACUCAACUCUGUCCAACUCCAAAAUUCAUGUGCUUUUUCCUUCUAGGCCUUUCAUACCAAACUAAUAGUAGUUUCUAUUCUCUUCCAACAAAUGCAUGUUGGAUUAAAUUGACUAGAAUGGAAUCUGGAAUGUAAUUCUUCUGGAUGGCUCCAAAACACGUUUUUCUUCCCCUGUCGUCCUCCUCCUCUUCAUGCUCAGUGUUUUAUAUAUGUAGUAUACAGUUAAAAUAUGCUUGUUCCUGAUACUGGUAGCUUAUGUUUUCUCUCUUUUUUCAUGGAUUAACCUUGCUUGAGGGCUUUAACAAUUGUAUUACUUUUUCAAAGAACCAAGCUUUAGCUUCAUUGAUUUUUUUCUAUUUAAUUGGGUUUUGCUCUCCCUUUAUCAUUGGAAACAUAGAAAUGCUUUCUAAUUUCUUUGGGUAGAUUUACUUAUUCAGCUUCUUGAGAUGGAAGUUUAGAUCAUUGAUCCUGCAGCUUGUUUUCUUUUUGUAUACAUAGAUUUUAGGACGAUACAUUUUCCUUUGAGCUCUGCUUUAGCUGCAGCUCUUAUGUUUUGAUAUGCCUCUCUUUAUUAUCCUUCAGUUAAAAAUAUCUUUCAGUGCAUUGUUAUAUAGAAAUAUGUGCUUAGUUUUUAACAUCUGGAGAUUUUCUAGUUUUGAAAAAACAAGCCAGGCAUGGUGGCUCACACCUGUAUCCCCAGCAUUUUGGGAGGCCUAGGCAGGAGGAUAGCCUGAACCUAGGAGUUUUUACACCAGCCUGAGCAAAACAGUAAGACAUUAUUUCUUUAAAAAAAUUACCUGACUAUGGUGUUGUGCACCUGUAGUCCCAGCUACUCCAGAGCCUGAGGUGGGAGGAUUGCUUGAGCUUGGGAGGUUGAGGCUGCAGUGAGCUGUGAUCACACCACUGCACUCCGGCCUGGGUGACAGAGUGAGACCCUGUCUCAAAAAAAACAAAAAUAAAUAAAAUAAACCAUAUGUGUGGAAUAAAGAAUUAAUAAGUUAAUUUGAGACUCCUUUGGGGAAUGACCACAAUUUAUUGAACAUAGCCUAAAUGUUGGAGUCAGGCAUUUCUGGAUUCAUAUUUUGACAUCAUGCUGUCAUCUUGACCAAAAUACCUAAACUUUCUGACCUUCAGCUUCCUUGCCACUCAAAUAAGGAUUACAAAACUUUCCCCUGUUAAAAUGUGGUAAGUACUAAAGAUGACAGCAAAAAUGGAGUCCAGCACAGAGCUUCCUAAAUAAGCAAGCACUCAACAGUGCUGCUUCCUUUCUACCUCCCCUGCUUGACAAUCCAGUUUCCCACAGGAGCCUUUGUAGCUGUAGCCACCAUGAUCGGUCCAGGGAUUCUUCAAUAGCCCCUUCUCCCCUUGCAGACAUCCUCGUGGGAGUUUAGUCUCGGCUCGACAUGAGGAUAGGAGUUUGGGACCAGUUCUGAGUGACAUUCAGACUUGCCCAAAGUUGCCAUUAGCUCCCCCUGCAGAAUGUCUUCAGAAAUGGGGCCUGGUCAGUCUACCUGGUGACCUGGCAGUUUUCCUCUUAAGACCCUUUCCACUUUGGUUGCUGCUUUCUGGGCUCAUCGUGUCCUUGCUCAACAGGAUACCCCUUGAAGUGGCUGCCUGGGUCACAUCCCCUUCCAAACAAGAAAUGGAAAUAUUAGAAAUCAAUUUUUGAAAUUUCCCCUAAGGAGACUCAUUUGAGUGUUCAAGUUCAGAGCCAGUGGAGACCUUAGGGGAGGCUGGUCACAAGGUUUUUGCACCGUGCUGUAGAGGGCCCCAGGGAGCUACAGAGGUGGUGAGGGGCUGGGUGCUCUUUUCUCCGUGCAGGACCUUGUAUGUCUAUCUUCAUUAUCAUGAUGCCUCAUCUCUACCUCCUUUCCCCCUGUAGUUCCAACGUGGGUAUCUUUGCCAUCUCUGACCCGAAGGACUUUCUGACCUACAUGUAUAAAUACCCCCUCACAAUAUGUAUUACUCUUCUUAUAAGUGACUUCUCCACUGGAUUACUGGUUGCUCAUACACCUAUUUUACUUGUAAAUCUACUACUCGCUGUCUCCCUACUCCAUUCUCAUUUGCUGUAGAAAAUUCUGUUACCAUCCUAACUUUCACCCACCAUCAUGCUUACCCAAAGGCUGUGGGAAUGACCUGGGCCCUAAUGCCCCUUUUCUAAGUUCCUAAGGCUCACCGUUUUCCUAUUGUAAUGGUUCUUGACCUUAUAAUGUUUGAGGCAUAUUUUCAAAUAUCAUCCUUUGAUUUCAGAUGGAAUACUUGAAAAGACACACACACACACACACAUAAGUGCAUAUGACUGUAUAUACACACAUACACACACGUGCCUGUAUACAGCCGUAUGAUAUAUAUACAAACACGCACACACAUGCCUGUAUACAUCUUCUGUCACUUAACAAUGGGAAUAUGUUCUGAGAAAUGCAUCAUUAGAUGAUUUUGUCAUUAUGUGAACAUCAUAAGAGUGUACUUAUACAAACCUAGAUGGUAUAGCCUACUACACACCCAGGCUACAUGGUGUCACCUAUUGCUUCUAGGUUACAAACCUAUACAGCAUGUGACUGUACUAAAUACUGUGGGCAAUUUUAACCCAAUGGUAAAUGUUUGUGUAUCUAAACAUAGAAAAGGUACAGUAAACAUGCAGUAUUAUAAUCUUAUGAGACCAUCAUCAUAUAUGUGGUCCAUCAUUUGGUCCAUCAUUGGCUGAAAAGUGGUUAUGCGGCACAUGACUGUAUAUAUACUUUCCUGUUACAAAAACAGUGUCUCUCAAUCCACAGUAAUUGCAGUAUUCAGUAGGUCUACUUUAGCCCUGAGUCAUCAUUUGUGUCAAAGUGUUUAGUGCCAUGUCCAGGUCUCUCAUGUAACUGGAAGAGCUAUCAAAUAUUUUGGCAAAACACAUUGUUUCUUUGGCUUUGUCUUGGCAACUUUCUGUGCCUUUUGUAGCUCUUGUCUGGAAGAAGCUCAACCCUUGUCUGCACACUGUGAUACAAGGGGGACAGCCUCGACUUACUUCUUGGUGCCUUAGUCCUCCUUAGAACAAUUCCUAAAUCUGUAACUUAAGUUUCUCAGGAAGAUUCCAUACUGCACAGAAAAACUGCUUUUGUGGGUUUUUAAAAGGCAAGUCGUUAUAUGUGCUGGAUAAUUUUUAUGUAUGACAGAUAAAAAUUGUAUAAAGUAAAAUAUUAAAGUACACCUAGAAUACUGUAUAACUUUGGGUCAUUUUAUCAACACAUUGCUAAUCCAGAUAUUUUCCCACAGUUUUUCUUAGAAUAACAAAGCAAUUAAUUUACUUAUACUAUGAAGGUCAUCAUUUUAAUAUAUAUUUUAAGCAAUCCACCAAGAACUCAGUAGGCAGCUGAGAGGUGCUGCCCAGAGAGGUGGUGAUUAGCUUAGCCUUAGCUCACACACAAAAGCACAACAGACUUUGGACUAUCCCCUAACAGGGCAUUUACUCUUGAACUUGAUUCAGAGAGGCACACAUUACCAUUCUCUAAUCAGAAUGCAAGUAGCAUAAGGCAGUGGAAACUAUGGAAUUAAGAGGCAGGUGAUGCAUUGGGCAAGUUUAUUAACAUCUGUGACUCUUUAGUUUGAAAUAUAUUUGUAACAGACAAAAAUGAAUUAUACAAACAAUAAA